ACCAAAUACGGGCAUACCACUGCAGAUUUGCAUCAAUUGAAUUGUUUUGGUUUUACUUGAGGCAUGUCACAGGUUGAUUCCCUCGGCUACAAGUACGACAAUGGAAUGGAAAUUAUUGAGAUCGAACCGCUCGUGGACAAGGAGGAGGCCCCGCCAUGGAAGAUCAAACGGCUGAUGUGCAAUAUCAACGGCUGCACAUACCAGACGGAUAGGAGGAGGGAUAUGCGUCGCCAUAAGCGCUCUACGAAACACUUGGACUACGACUACUGUUCGGAGGACUCUGAUUCAGACAUUGAUCGGCCACCGUUUUCCUGUAAACUGUGCAGUUACACGACUGCCAAGAAGUUCUGCUUCGUUCGGCACGUCCGAUCGGUGCGACACAUACGAAGGGAGCAGGAGGCAGAAGAGGAGGAGAAGCAGGCGCAGAAAAAGGCAGGACCCCCGAAAAUGGAAAGCCUAGAACUAGCGGAACCAGCGCUGUAUACAGUACAAGAGGGAGGCAAUAUGUUAUUGAGUUGCGUGCUCUGCGACUACAGCACUUCCCAAAAAAUACACAUGGCGCAGCACAACAAGACUCCUCAGCACAUACAGAACAUGCAGAUCAUUGCGGAUGAGAGCGAGUUCAUCGAGUUUGCGCCACUGGAGGAGGAUGAGGUAGUGGAGGGAUUGAAUGAAGCAGCUCUCGAGGAACAGCCGCCCAUCUCUUUGGCGAUCGACAGGGAACUUGAUAACUUUAUAUCCGUCGAUGGAGGGACGUUCGAGUGCACAGCCUGUGAAUACAAGACGGCCAGAAAAUUCUGCUUCGCCCGCCACGUGCAGUCUAGAAAGCAUCUGGCCAAGUUGCAGGAACUGGAGGAGGCAGACCCCAUUGUCCAAGCCAAUCUGGGCGACAUCAUUGAGUAUGCGCCGGCGGAGGAAAAGAUUACUGAAGAGGUUCUGUACCUGCCGACAGUCGAUGAUCCGGGGGAGUACUACUACAUUAUUGCAAGCAACGACUCUUGAAGCUUGAAUACUUGUAUAAUGUAUUUGUAGUUUACAAGUUUCGUAAAUGUUGUUAAAUCUUUAAGUACAAAACGAUAUAUGUAAAUAUUUUGAAGCUCCAGAAAUUAAUUAUCAAUUUACAAUCAGCCCACAGCUAAACUUAAUAAUGGCUUAACAAUAAUUAUUUAAGAGUCGCAACUAAGUAGUUAUAUAAACGGUAAAUGUUACAAAUAAAUAAUUUUGUAAAAAGAGA